AUGGCAAAAAAAGGCACCAAGAAGAAGAGUUUGAAAAAGGCCUUGGAGCCCCGGGAGUGCUCGGUGAUUGAUUACAACCAGCCAGAAUCAUCUCUAUACGAACGUCCUGUUAUAAAACUUCGCAUCGGACAGAAGGAGUAUUCUAUAUUGGAAGGUUACCUCAGUGAUUACCCUCGGCUGCGAAGUAAUGUCGGUUUUCAUUCGCGGAUUACGCUUUCAGAUAUCGACGAGGACAUUGGACAUACCUUUGUCCACUUCAUAUAUACCAGGGAGUAUGAAACUCUUAAACCUACUCCCAACCCGGGUAUACAUGAUUUGCCAAGGGAAUUUAGAAGGAGUGUCCAAGUCUAUCGUGCGGCCAUGGUCUAUGAGAUACAUGGUCUAGAGGUACUUGCUAAGAAGUAUAUCCAAAUUCUCGGCGAAUCAAUUCCCAUUUUCGAUGUACUAGAGGCCACCAGAAUGAUAUUUUCAAAACUCCCAGAUAAUGGAAUCUGGUUACGUGAAUAUAUCUACACAAAGCUUAAGAAGGCGUUUGUGCUAGAUGAAACGAUAUUCACAUGUGGUGGGAUUUACCAGGGAUUUGCGGAGGACCGCCCUUUUGAGAAAGAGUUGAUGAGGAUGAUGGCCGAUAUCUACUCUGACACCAUAUCCUCGCUUCGUUCUGAAGGCCAGAGAAGCCAACAAGAACAGAUAAUCCCACAGAAAGUUGAGCCGUCAACUGAAUAUCCUGUUCCCGAAGAACAGCCAUCUGAGCCAGAAUGUCCCCUUGAGCCAGAAUAUCCCCCUGAGCCAGAAUACCCCCCUGAGCCAGAAUACCCUGUUCCCGAAGAACAGCCCCCUGAGCCAGAAUAUCCCCCUGAGCCAGAAUAUCCCCCUGAGCCAGAAUACCCCCCUGAGCCAGAUUACACUGUUUCCGAAGAACAGCCUUUCGGCAAGAUGGUGUCUGGACCUAGUGUCUCUAUCACAGAGCUCCCCGAGGACAUUCGUCUAUAUAUUAACUGGACAAACUUGGGAAUAGAAGAAAGGAAGCGAAGAAAGAAAAUUCUUAAGCAGAAAAACUUUCCAGUUCCACAUCGUGAUGGUACCUUUUCUUGA